AUGGACGCCGGCACGGUCGAGGACCAGGCCAUUCCUGAUGCUGCCAUGAUGGAUCCCACAAUGGAGGACCUGUUCGGCGAAGCAGCAGAUGGACUCAAUGUCCCGCUGCCUCCUGCUCCCUUACCAGCGGCUCUGAUAUUGCGUAUCGCGGAGAUGCAAAGUCGCGGGUGUUGCACAAAGUUGGCAUGGUCGAACACAGGCAGCAUUGCGCGUGUAUCGACCGACGGCUCUCAGAUCGCAUUCCGCACCAUGAUCAGAGACAAGAAGACUGCGAUGUGGACAAUCAGCGGCGAAUCCAAACAUCCAAUCCGGGCUCCUGAAGGACGCAGAUUCGUUCAUAUCGCGUUCAGUGGUAUCGGCAUCGAACUGGCGGCUGCUGACAAUGUGGGAACCGUGCAUAUAUACUCGUUACAAGGACCACUCAGUCGCAUGGUCCCCCCAUACAAUGCCGCCGGUGCGCAGUCGAAUAGUUCCAAGACAGAAUCCGAUUCAGUCGUGGGAUUGCACUGGCUGCCUCUUUUCUCAGCUGAGUUCAGAGGACCUUUUGUGGAUGUGGCUGUGAAGAACGGCGACAGAUGGGAGACCCAACUCAGACAGAGAGAUCAGCACAAUCUCAAAGCUCAUCAUCCCGCCGAAGGCCGCCAUGCUUUACUUCACAUCAAUCGCAGUGGUGAAGUCACUCUGCUGUACCAAAAUGAAGGACCCCUAUGGCAAUCGACGAGCGUCUCACUUGAGCCCAUACGCUCAUCGAACGAAGUCAUUUCACAUGCGGACAUUGGCGAAGAUGGCGCCGAUCUGUUGGCAGUCACCUACGAUCAGUCGUCUAACUUUCGAUUGUACCGCAUAUCGAUCAGUUGGAACGCUUCUUCACAGGCUCGCGGCAAUGCCAACAUCACUUUGGUUGCGCCAACAUUGGAAGUUCAACACUUGACCUGCCUUCACAACGUCCAGUCACAGCAUGCCGACUCUGCGAAGCUCACACACCUGAGGCUCAUACCGACGGGCACAGAAGCUACUCAAACAGUUCCAACACCACCUACUGUAGUGGCGGUAUUCACACAUGCCUCUUUACCAAACGAUGCGGCCAACAACGCAGCCUCGUUCAGUGCCAUCGCCCGAUGGCGGAUAGAGACAACGACCCCAGCGCUUCACGAUGCCUUUACUAAACUCAGCCAUAGACCUGGCAAUUCGACGGCAGUGCUGAAUUCAGUGACUGUAUUACGAAGACAGCCAGACGUCGUGACGAACAAAGUGCUGUUAUCAUUCCAACCACAAGCUCUCGACACAAUCUUUGCAUUCGGAGCCAGCGAUGGGAGUGUCGAAUUUCGAGAUAGAAUCUCUUUGGAAGUGCUUCAGUCCUUUGGAGACCCGAGUACCGUGUCAAGCUUGCCGCAAACUGGCUUUGAUCAUCUGACUGGGGAGCACAACGUGCACGUAGCAACAUCAGCGGAUGGAGCAUGUAUCGCUGUUGUGCGGCCAGAUGGUAAAUUGGCAGGCCACCCAAUGAUCUUCACGCACGGAUGGUCGACCCUCGAAGAUGCCAACAAGCCAUUCGUCGAGGCUGGUGCCGUGUGUAUUGCAAGGCAGUACGCCUUCCUCUGCUAUAACAACAUGACCAACGACGAGACGCUUGCUCUACUUCCCCCGGACAUCACUCCUGAGCUUCGGGCUACAGUCAUCAGAUCUUUAUUCAGGAUCAUCAAGAGCUCUCCAGAUGUCUCGAUGCUGGAGCCUCAAAGACAGCAACUCAUGGUCUUGCGAGAUCCGAUGAUUCCCCGCUCAGUCAGUGCUCAACUGGCACUCGGGACGAAUGCUGUCACUGGAGAACGUGAUGCACGAGCACAGUUCGCUUUUCUCCUACUAAACGUCCGACUGACAGCCACAUCUUUCGCCCAGGCCUUAUCCGUGAAAGACCACAGAGUCCUCCCUCCGGAAGCCAUCAACUCUCUGCGAGGACUAGUCCGAUGGCUCACAGACCUGACAAUCUACAUCAUCAAAACCCUCUCCGCUAUAAAACGAAACCUUCAAGAAGGCACCACCCCCAAACAAGCUCUUGAACAACUCGCCGCGAAAACCGGCAACGCCCUCGUCUACAUCCUCAUGUGCAGUUUCACACGCGUCCUCCUCCGCUUCUCGAUCCAGCUCAUGGGCAAAUACUUUGGACUCGUCCAACAAAUCGCACUCCCGCGCGCCCGCACCGUCCAAGAACGCCAGGAACUGCAAAGCAGCCUCGACCACCAGAACAGCAUCCCCUUCAAAUUAUCUGAUUUCGAAAAAGUCAUGACGGAGUUCGACCAGCAGAUCCGCGAGAUCUACACCAAGGGCGGGGUGACGCCUGAACGGAGGGCAGAGAUUGAGGUCUCGAUCAUGGUCGACGAUAAGAUUCCGGAUGAGCUGGAGCCUGCAAUCAAUGCGUUGGUGAAUACCAUCGUACCGAAACUCAUCGAGACCAGCGACGUCGGGGCGCUGUAUUUCUGGAACACAGAGUGGCUGGGCAUAUCGAGCGUCAAAUCCGCGAGCAACCUCGACGUCGUCCGCAAACUGCCCAUCCAGCCCGAAACACCCUUACGAUGGUGUCGAAGAUGCGGCUCCGUAUCAGAAGACUACGUCGGCGACGAAAGACUGCGGAGUCUCCCCGCAUGGAUGCACCACGCGACGCGACACUGCAUGUGUUUGAACUACUGGUUGACAGCCUGA